AUGGCCAACUUCGUAAAGACGGAGCUUAUGGGCACGACCCUAGAAACGACCGAUAGGUAUUCGGAUCUGAAACCUCGAGGCCUCGGAGCCUCGGGGAUUAUCUGCUCGGCUACCGACACGACAUCCAAGGAAACGGUCGCUAUCAAGAAGAUCAUGAACCCUUUUGCGACGAGCGGCGUGGCUAAGCGUACAUAUCGCGAGGUUCAUAUGUUGUGUAACCUGCGGCAUGAUAAUUUGAUUAAUUUGAGAGAUAUCUUCAUCUCUCCGUCAGAGGAUGUAUAUCUGGUGACAGACCUUGUUCAAAUGGAUCUUCAUCAUUUACUCCAGUCAACAAAGAAACCACCAGAGGGCCAAUUUAUUCAAUUUUUCACCUACCAGAUCCUGCGAGGCUUGAAAUUCAUUCAUUCCGCCGGGGUGAUCCAUCGCGAUCUCAAACCGAGCAAUAUCUUGAUCAAUGAAAAUUGCGACUUGAAGAUCUGCGACUUUGGGCUGGCGCGAGAGAAGGAUGAACAAAUGACCGGCUAUGUUACGACACGGUACUACAGAGCGCCUGAAGUCAUGUUGACCUGGCAACGGUACACCUAUGCCGUGGACAUCUGGAGUGUUGGCUGCAUCCUCGCGGAAUUGCUACGAGGCCAGGUUCUGUUCCCUGGCAAGGACCAUGUGCACCAGCUCACCCUGAUAAUCGAACUUCUGGGCAAACCGCCCAAGGAGGUCAUGGAUACGGUUUAUAGCAAGAACGCUCUGGACUUCGUGGAAGGUCUACCUGAUCAUAAGCCCAAGUCACUCGCCUCUGUCUUUAAGGGCGCCGAUCCUCAAGCUGUGGAUCUUCUGGAGAAAAUGCUGGUCCUCGAUCCCGCGAAAAGAAUUAAUACAGAAGACGGCUUGGCCCACCCAUACGUUGCAAUGUACUCUGAACCUGAGGAUGAGCCUAUUUUCGAUAAGCAGAUCGACUGGUCCCUUCUCGAGUCAGAAAAGUCAGAGGACGAAUGGAAAACUCAUAUAUAUUUCGAGGUUUUGCGCUACCAUCGUGGUGCGUAUAACGGGGAAGUCCCGGAUGAUAGCUUCGAAGGCAAAGGAAAUUUCGAGGGUUGGUUAGGCAAGGAAAUGGUGUCUGAGACUUAUUAG